AAGAAGUGGACAGGCUGUCCGCACAAUGACAAUUAGCACACCUCCAGUGUAGGUUUUAGGCACAGAAGACAGUCGUUUGUUCAUUUGUUAUUAACACAGGCUCUCAGCCAACAAAAAGCUUGCCUUCGGUGUAUUGUGUAGCCGUGAGAGAUCAGAAAAAACCCAAAGAGCGAGGAUGUUGGUCCCCGCGGGAAGAUAAUGAAGAGGCUGCGCGUUUUGUUGGUGUGCCUCAUUGUAGCUCUCCUGUGCUGGUACCCCAGUCAACAUGUGUAUUGUUCAGAGCAGAGCUUGUCUGGUCCAGGUCAGUCUCCUGGGGACAACAACCCUGAAGGCCAGGAGCAGGAGCAGGAGCAGGACUCCACGCAACACAAGGUGUUGGAAGAAUGGACAGCACACACAUCAUACGAUAUGGGACUAGAGACAGAGAGAGUAGCACUAGAGAAGCUGGCAACACACGAUGUACACCAAGAAGAGACUGUGAAUCCUCAGGAAGCUGAGGUGAAGGAGACCAAGCCGGAACCAGAGUCUGAUACUGUACCUGUCACUCCUGAGCCAGAACCCCACCCAGACCCCCAGGCUGAUUUAGACCUACAGACUGACACCCAAGACCACGACCAGGAAGUCCCUGUGUCCACGCCAGAACCGGUUCCAGCACAGGGCCAAGCGUCCACAGAUGCCCCAGCGCCAGCAGAGAUCUUCAGUGACGCUCCUGCUGCACACCCCAGUCUGGACUCACAUCCAGCCACAUCCCCAGAUGAAGCUGAAAACACACCUACCUCACUGAGUGCCGGCCAGACCCACACAGGUGCAGUGUGGGUUGCCAGUGCAGGAGAUGAACUCCCAGUAGACAACUUUGUCUUUGCCGAGCACUCUGAUUCACAGUGCGGGGUCAUUCCCCCCGAACUGGCAACCUGUGAAAACUCUCCUUUUGGCAGCCCUCUCCUCAGUGUGGAUGAGGCUGGCAUAGAGGACCAGCGGUCAGACCAGAGCCCUAGCUCUGGUCCAGAAGCAGAGGUCCAGUCCUCUUCAGGCCAUGUGGACCAGGAACAACAGCAGCAACCGGAGCUGGAGGAUGGAUUAUCGGAUUUGGACCUGGAGGGCAACACUUCCCAACACCACCAGGAACAGAAGGCAGGGGAUGCCAGUACUGCCAGGGAGACAGAUCCCUCAGUGCCCAGCAAAGAAGACAUCCCCACCUUCGACGAGUGGAAGAAACAAGUCAUGGAGGUGGAGAAAGAGAAAAGUCAGUCUCUCUAUACCUCAACCAGUGGCAGCCCCCAUCCAGUGAAGAAGGUCCAGAAAAACUUCAAGAAUAACUAUGCCUCUGUGGAGUGUGGUGCCAAGAUACUCUCUGCCAACAAUGAGGCCAAGAGCACUUCAGCUAUUCUCAUGGAGAAUAUGGACCUUUACAUGCUAAAUCCUUGCAGCAACAAAAUCUGGUUUGUGAUAGAGCUCUGUGAGCCUAUUCAAGUCAAGCAGCUGGACAUCGCUAACUUUGAGCUCUUUUCAUCAACACCUAAAGACUUUUUAGUUUCCAUCAGUGACAGAUAUCCUACCAACAAGUGGGUAAAGCUGGGUACUUUCCAUGCCCGAGAUGAGCGCAUAGUCCAGAGCUUCCCACUGGAUGAGCAGCUUUAUGCUAAAUAUGUGAAGAUGUUCAUCAAGUACAUAAAGGUUGAACUCCUCUCCCACUUUGGAUCAGAACACUUCUGCCCGCUCAGUCUCAUCAGGGUGUUUGGUACCAGCAUGGUGGAGGAGUAUGAGGAGAUAGCAGAUUCCCAGUACCCUUCAGAAAGACUGGAGUAUUUGGAUGAAGACUAUGACUAUCCGCCUGGCUACCAACCGUCAGAGGUCAAGGCCUCUAAAAACCUGCUUGGCUCUGCAACCAAUGCCAUCCUAAACAUGGUAAACAACAUCGCUGCUAACGUGCUGGGAGGCAAGCCAGAGCUGGAGGGUGGAACAGAAACAGGAGGUAAUACAACAGCAGAGGUGGAUGAAAAUGAGAGCACAGAAGUUACACCAAAACCAGCUGAAGCACCUCACGAGUCAGCAGUACUGGAGCAUGCAGAGCCAGAACACCCUGCAACCCAGGAGGACUUAAGUGUCCCCAGUGAUCCUUCCACACCUUCCUCCUCAUCCGCCGACUCCCAUGAGGACAGACGGAUUGUCACUCUGGUAGAGGAGGAGGAGGAAGAAGAGCCCAGACAGUCGACUGUCACCCUGAUGGAGGAGGAGGGAGAGGAAGAAGAAGAGAAGAGAGAGGAGGAGACGAGGAGGGAGGCAGACAGAAACCAGUGGGAGAGCCAGACUUACUGCCCUUUCUCCUCCUUCUCUUCCCUGUCUCUGUCCUGCAUGGCCACGCUGCCGGAGCUGCUCCAUCGCUGGUGCUCUGCCAGACUGGCCAAAGAGAGACUCCGCAGCCUUAGGCGGAGGCAGCUGAGCAUUCAAACACAGACGAACCCUGAUACAAACACUCCUUCCCUCACACACACGCCUCCCCUGAUGCUCGCCCCUGUUCCCACACCGCUCAAAGAAACCCUCCCCCUCUCAGAAAAAGUUCCAGAGCCCGAGAUGCCCGUUAAGACCCAAACUGAGGGCAAAAUCGCAGGUGAGGUACCCGCCACACGUCCCGACACCCACACCCCUGAAUCAAACGCUCCAGAGCUCAACAUCCUUCUAGAGCCCAGUAGAACCGCCACCAUCCCCCCUCACAGUUACUCAGGCAUACACAGCUCCCUGGCCUGGCCUACCCCCACUCACGAGGAGAGGCUCCUUCCUCCCAUUAAAGACGCAGCCCUGGACCCCAUCCCCACUCCACCCCUCCAAGCCGUCUCUAUCCCAGAGACGCAACAGGCCAGUAGUGGCACCCCCACCCUUGCUGUCAACUCUCUCCUGCAGCUUGUAGCCUCUGAGACAGCUCCUCCUGGCGUUGUGGUUUCCCCUGUCAAGGAGCAGCCUGUCCAGCCUCUUCCUACUGCGUUGAGGCCCGAAGACCUUAUCCCCCCUCCCACAGAACUGCCAACAGCUCUCCCACCAACUGACACUGACACAAUAAAGUCAGGGGCAGACAGCGGGGAAUCACAGAGACAGAGUGUCUCCUCUUCUCAGACUCAUGGGGAACAGGGGGACUCUCUCAGUCAGACAGGAGAGCCCCAUCGGGUAGAAGACACAGUGGACGAGGACCUGUUAAGCUCCAACGGGAACGGGAACGUCCACCGGUCAGCCACAGACUUCUAUGCAGAGCUGCAGAACGGUGGAGAUUAUAACGGUGGAGCAGUGAACGGGAACGGCGUGUUAUUAAACGGGGGAGCGGUGCACGGCUCCAGCCAGAAGGAGAGUGUGUUCAUGAGGCUGAACAACAGGAUCAAAGCCCUGGAGAUGAACAUGAGUCUGUCCAGCAGAUACCUGGAGGAGCUCAGCCAGAGAUACCGCAAACAGAUGGAAGAGAUGCAGCGAGCGUUCAACAAGACCAUCAUCAAACUGCAGAACACCUCCCGCAUUGCUGAGGAGCAGGACCAGAAGCAAACAGAUUCCAUCCAGGUCCUGCAGAGCCAGCUGGAGAACGUCACUAAACUGAUGCUCAAUCUCACCGUGACUGUCAGCCAGCUGCAGAAAGAGGUAUCCGACCGUCAGAGCUACCUGGUGGUCUCUCUGGUUCUGUGUCUGGCUCUGGGCCUCCUGCUGUGUCUGCAGUGUUGCCGCAGCUCCUCUCCCAGUCCCAACACCAACGCUGCUGCUCUUCCAAAGAGCAACCACUACCCCAGCCCCAAGAGAUGCUUUUCCUCCUAUGAUGAUAUGAGCCUAAAGCGCAGGGUGACCUGUCCGCUUGUUCGCUCCAAGUCGUUCCACUUGUCCUCUACAGAAGUAGGUCCAGAUGACUUGUACAUUGUAGAACCUCUAAGGUUUUCUCCAGAGAAAAAGAAAAAGCGCUGCAAGACAAAGUCUUUGGACAAGGUUGAGAUUCUGAAGGCAUCCGAUCCCGCUGCUCCGCUCACAAACGGGGGUCCAAAGUGCAACGGUUUCCAGCCAUGCCUCCCUGCGCCGCCACCACCUCCACCCCCUCCUCUUCCUCCACCACCUCCACCUCCUCCUCCUUCCCUCCCACCACCUCCCCCUCCCUCUGCAGAGGAGGUGUCACUGCUGCCCACUUGCACCUCCAAGGAGUUCCCCUCAGAGACCAGCAGCUGCAGCUCGUCCACCCACUCUGAGGAGUCCUACACGAGCCGCCUCCCCCCUCCCUCUCCCAUCUUCCCCUCCGCUGGCCUGUGCAACGGCCAUGGCCUGCCUUUCCCCUUCCAGCAGCCCCCCGCCAAGUCACGUCAGGAGAAGCGUUCGAUGAAGCGGCGGAAGUCGCGGCAGACAGAGCUGCAGUUCCCCACCAUGCCAGGUGGGGGCGUCGGCUCUCUGCCCAGCCUGCAGCAGCUUAUGAAGGGAAACAAGGAGAUCAGUGUCGGGACCAUCGGGGUGACAGCCGUCACCGGACAUGUCUGAAUACUCACACCUUUACACAAUUUUUUAUCCACAACGCACACACACACACACAGACACACACACACACAUAAACUAUACGGUAGCAGACUUGCAUAGUAAGGAGAUGAGGUCUUACUGCAUCCCAAAGAACCACAUUUCCCAUGAGCACCCAGGCGCACCGUGGAACUGAAGUGGCUAUGGCAUCAGUAGCUCCACAUCAUCCAGUCCUGAUCCACUCCUGUCAAAGACGUGUUUACGGUUCUGUGCCUUUAUAUCUGUUCUAGACCUUUUAAUGCUAAAAGCAUGACAUUUAAAGAGUUGUUGAUGUGGACAGAGAGACACUGUGGUGGGAAGUGAAACAUUGAUACAAGUCAGAUCCAUUGAAGUUUGUUCAAGGUGUUUUUUUUUUCUACUGGAUAAGCACAUUGUCUAAUGACAGUUGAGCACCAGUGAUCUUUUGUCCCCUCUGAGCACAGUGAGGAGAGGUGCUGGCCUCAACUCUACGUUCCUUCACCCACGGGAACAUCGAGAAGUAUUAGGCUGCUCUUCUGGAUGAAAUGCGUCGUUACGGAAGAACUGCGGAGCAUUACAAACUACUUCUCUUUUCCUUUUUUCCUGCUGUCUUCCAUCGCCAUCGUUUCAUCCAUUCUGUCUUCUUAUUGCAUCCUAACAUGACUGCAGGUGUUUGUAUGGGACCAGAGUGUUAAACUUUCGCUGUACAGCAGACUCUCCGUUUCUCUUCCUCUGUCUCUGUCAGUCUGUUUCAAACCAACAAUCAGAGCUGAAUGAAGAACAUCAUUUUGCAUGGGGUGAAAAAGUCUAAGUGUGUUAGCCCUUUCAGUUUAGUGUCACAUUUAACCGCACAGUACAAAUACAAUUGCAGCAGUUUGUAGAUCCUACUAGCUCACAAUGAAAUGCCUCCACUCUGGAAUGAGCCUAAAAAGCUUGCUGACAGACAGAAUGAAGAGAAAUUGCUCUGUUACAGUAGAUAUUGCAAAUGUGAGUAAGGUUAAGUGGGUUCAAAGAGGCUGGAGCCAAGCCAGGAGGUCUUUAUUGUCUUUUUCUGCUAUAUUUUAUUAUUUCUUUCAUCCGUAACUGAGCCAUGCUCCUCUCUUAUCAUUGCUGGUGUGAUCUGUUUGAGUUAUUCUCGCGACCAGUACGGAGGUGAAUGUUUCACGUUCAGGGUACAGUGUACUGUCGGUGCACUUUAGGUGGCAAAGCUGAACGUUUACACGUCGGCCGCGCACACAUAUCCUACUGGGACUCUGCAGCUGAGCCUGGCUGGCCAGAUUUAUUUAUCUAUUUAUUUAUUUAAAUGACAGAUUUUUCUAACGUAGGCGCUGGCUCGCCAGUCUUCAAUACUGCAGUGUCACAGUAGUUUAUCCAUGUGAGUAUGUUACAGAGAAAUAUAACAGUGCAAUACGCUCAACCAUGCUUACACACGACCACGGUGGAAGGCUUGACCAUCUUUUUACUCUGCUUUUGUGCAUUUGAGCUUGGGUGCUGGUAUUAUCUAACAGUCCCAAAUUCUGUUUUUCUCCUGAAGUAUCAGACAAGUGCGAUCGCAGUCACAUGUCCUGCAGCAGCUUUAUAUAUAGGUAGUUGAGUACAGAGUUAGAAUAACUACAAGCUUCGUAGGAUCAUCAUACUGCUGCAUGUGUGUAUGCUCAGAGCUGCUGGGUGGUUAAAAGUAGUGGAAAGGGCUAUAUUGAGUUCUUUAUUGUCCCGUCGUGUGCGCAUGCUUGUUUUAGCCCCUUUGUUGACCCGCUAGCUAACCAGUUUUAACUCACCCUGUUGAUGAUUUCAUGACUGCGUUAACAUUCAGUUUAAUGUUUACACUUGAGGCAGAUUCAGAUGUGAAAAUGGGGUAUUAGUUUGUUUGUCCAUUGUUAAAUAAUAAAAUUGAAAUGCAUGUUUUUCUUCAUGUAUGCAGUUUCUGACUGGCUCUGUGUGGUUGUACAUUUUGACAGAGACAGAGAAAUUCCUUCUAUCUCUACAUCUCUAAAAGAGCACCAUUACCUCUUCUCACCAGCUUCUACUGCUCCACUUUCUCUCUCUACAUAUCUUUAUCCAGCAAGGUCACCUCUAACCCUCCCAUUGCACAACUUUCCUGUGACUGUGAAGAAAAGUUUUAAUAUGCCUGCUUUUAUUAACCACUCUACCGUGCUCCCGUUAGGAGCUCGUAACUCUUUAUCAGUCCACAUGCCUGCUUUCCCGACCAGCCGAUCUGUCUGUGCAUCCUCACUCUCAUUGUGCACUCAGUCUUUUAUUCACUUGUCAUUGCUCUUUGACUUUUAUGUGUUCGCCCCACCUCGAUUGAUAAUUGUGGUUUGUGAGGAAAAGAAUAUGAAUUGUUGUUGAAUAAAGGGAACGCAGCGAAGAUGGGUGUGAUUUGGAACACUAUUAAUGUGAUUGUGUAUGUUCCACAAGCCGAGAAAAUCAUGUUUUUUUUUUAACCCUUGUUUUUGAAUGUGUAUGAUCUUAUGUUUGUGUGUGUGUAAACCUGUAUGCAUGUGAUAAUUCCUGUUGUUGAUCUCAUGUGUGUGUGUCUGUGUUAUGAGAAAGACUACUUUGAAUCUACUUAUCCCAUAACACAGCGAAUAGAGAGAAUGCCCUCAGAGAGAAAUUCUAGGAGCUCGGUGUGCACUUUGAAUGACUCCUCAUGCCUUUUUGUUUUUCUACCUUAUAUGUCAAGUGCUAUCUUUUCUUUUUCUCUCUCUCUCCCGCUGUCUCUCUGUGAUUACUCUGAGGAGCUGCACAGUACUUUUGAGCAGGAGUGAGUGACUACAAAACUGUAGUGCCAUUAGAAACUGUGAAUUUCUAAAUAAACCCUUUUUUUUGUUGUCUUUCAA